GCAUCACAACCAGUCGCGAAUAAUAUAUAGUUAACGACUUAUCCGACCAAGCGGUAGUUUCUCGUCCAAGAGAGAGUUAAAAUGACCGUCGUGCUAGUAUCUCUGAUUCUUGGGGCGCUUAUAGCCUUUUACUUUUAUUUGACGCGAAAUUAUAAAUAUUGGCAAAAACGUGGAAUUCCGUAUGUGGAUGGAGCUGUGCCAGGAUUCGGUAACAUGUUGUCGGUGAUCUUAAUGAAGACGGAUCUUGGUGAGUUAUGUCGCAAAAUCUACAAUGAUAACAAGGGUCGCAGUAUGGUCGGUUUCUACGACUUUAUGUCGCCAGCAUUGAUGAUCCUCGAACCCGAGCUAGUAAAAACGGUAACUCAAACCAAUUAUUCAAGUUUCGCUAAAAACGCCAUCGAUAUUAAUCCCGACUUAGAUCCGCUCCUGGCACAUAAUCCCUUCGUUCUUACUGGUGAGAAAUGGAUGUACAAUAGAAAGCGCUUGUCUUACGCAUUCUCCAGCAUGCGAUUGAAGAUUCUGCUCGAAAGUGUUAAACAAGUGUGUACAACGUUUGAAAAUUACAUGAAUGAAAAGCUGAACAAUAACCAGUCAGAGUUCGAACUGAAGAGCUUGUUCGCCAGGUACACCGCACAGGUGGUAGCCGGCGCUGGUUUCGGCGUUGAUGGAUUCUGCUUCGAUGACGAGAAAAAGGAUAUAUCCUUCAGGAAACUCGGACAAGCCAUUUUUGAGCCGUCUUUACGAAAUUCAAUCGUGUUUGCUGUCACGUUUCUCGUGCCAUCGUUAAACAAAAUCUUUAAAUUAGGCGUCGUUCCGAAGCACGUAGACAAUUUCUUCAGGACACUGGUUGCAGAACUCAUGGAGCAAAGAAGAAAGGACGAAACACCUAGAAAUGAUUUUCUCCAUUUGAUGGUCGAACAGGAGCGAACGGAAGGCGAUAAAUUCGACCUUGAAAUGGUUACGGCCCACGCAAUGUCGUUCAUCAUCGAUGGCUAUGAGACUACCAGCACCGUCAUGAGCUUCAUCGGAUUUGAUUUGGCCCGUCACCCAGAAAUACAGAAUAAAUUACGGGAGGAGGUGUUAUCCGUACUUAACAAAUACAACGGAGAAAUCACUUAUGAAGGCUUAAAAGAAAUGACAUACAUGGACCAAGUCUUAAACGAGACACUGAGACUGCUUCCCGCAGGAGUGAUUAUGAAGAAACGAUGCACGGAAGAAUUUGAACUGAAAGGAUCCGAUGGAAUUGUUUGUCGUGUAGAACCCGGUAUGGAGAUUCUAAUACCAGUUCAAGGUCUGCAAAAAGAUCCUCAAUAUUGGGAAAAUCCCGAAGAGUACGAUCCUGAUAGAUUCAGCUCGGAUAGGAAACACAGCAUCGAUCGAUUCGUGUUUCUUCCAUUUGGCGGAGGUCCUCGAGCCUGUGUCGGUAUGAGAAUGGCUCAACUACAAAUAAAGGCAGUUUUUACUGUAAUUUUAAGAAAAUACAGGAUGGAAUUAUCCCCGAAGACACAAAUACCUUUAAAGAUAAUUCCUGGUAACGUUUUACCAGUACCGCUAGGAGGACUGUGGGUUUAUUUUCGAAAGCUUUAAAUGGUGUUCCGUUGAGACAUAAUAAAAAAUUCACAACAUACAAAAUAAUAGUUUCAAUGACAAAUUAUGGAUAUCAAUUAUAACAGCAGCUCCGAAUUUUUUAAAUAAAAGCAAAUUACAAUUUGGACAUGCAACGUCUAUUUAUUUCCGUCAUUACUAGAACGGCUUACACGUCGCCAUAUGGACACAACAGCAGAAAAUGUUUUAUGAGUUAUCGCUUGCGCAAUUAAAGUCCAUGACGCUUGUACAGCUGUUUCAACUCGCAAGCGACACGAUACACUUUUCCUUGUGGCGUUCACAUGGCGAUUGAAACAAUAGGUGCACCCAGUAGCGCAACUGCUUACUAAGCGGCUGAGUAUCAAUUUCAUUACGCAAUUGAAUUUAAAUGUUGGUUCUAAAAAUAAAAGCCAGUCAUAUUUAAUUGCUGUUUAACAGCUUAGUGAGCGGUUGCGCUGCUAAACACACCCAAUGCAAAAGAUAUACGCAGCUUCUGCAUAUACUCAAUCAAAUCAGUAUACUCUCGAUAAAAUCACUGGGUUUG